AUGGGCCAAAAGGACAUGGUCCGGCACUUGGCCCGGUCCAUGGAGGCGGUGAUGCGCUUUGUGCCGAGCGACGGCGCUCCGACGGCCACCUACCUGGGCCCGGCGCCUGCCGCGGGCUCCGUCUCGCCGGCGGCGGUCACCGUCCCGCCGAGCUUGAAGUACCUGUCUUUCGCCAUCGGGCCGGAACUGCUGCCUGGAGCCGGGGCCGAUCCGCUGGCCGGCGCGCACCUUACCAAGGCCUUGUACGGGAAGCUGGUGAGGGAGGCGGCCGCCGGGGCUCCCUGGGCGGCCCUGACCCUGGAGCUGCAGUCACAGCCGGCCGCCCCCGAUGGCCGGGGCGUGUUCAUCCGGCUGGACCCCUGCCGUCCAACCCACCCGCAUGCCCUGGCCGAGCUGUCGAAGGCCGUGGCUCGAAUUACGCCUCUUCUACUGGUGGCAUACAGCAGCGGGUCGCAGGGAGGCGCCUCUGGGGCUGUUGAUAGCACGGCAUCGCCGGCCGGGGCCGGAUCGGCCCCGGCCGGCGCGACGGCCGCCAGCACGGGCCCCAUCGAGGGGGCACCGGCGGCCGGGGCGCGCUUCGAUGCCAAGGGCUGCUUCCUGCGCGCCUGCCGCGAGCACACCUGCUUGGAUGUCUUCACCCCGGGCGACCAGCACCGCAUGAACCCCCUGUACCUGGGCGCGGUGCGGUACAUCCCGCCGAUCCUCGGUGAUCAGAGCUCCCCCUCGGUGGCGGCUCUGGCCAAGGAAAUCGACGCCCUGAAUGCCCAGCUGUUCGAGCGCAUGUCAACGGCCGACGCCUCGCGCAGCUUCCUCCUCAGCCGGCUCCCCUCGGCCGAUGGCCAGGUGUUCAUCACCUGUGGCCCGCCCCACCCCACCCCGGUGCCGCCGAUGAAUCCCGAAGCUCCGAUCCCCCUGUCGGACCCGAAUGAUCUGGGCGCCUUCCGAACGGCCGGGCAAAUUGCCGGCGACUGUUUGAUCCUGGCCGAGAUGCUGGCCCAGCCCGGGGUCACCACCGACACCCUGGACCACGCCAUCCACGAGUACAUCAUCGGCCAUGAUGCCUACCCCUCGUGCCUGGGGUAUCGCGGCUUCCCGAAGGCCAUCUGCACCAGCAUCAACAAUGUCAUUGCUCACGGCAUCCCGGACGCCCGGCCCCUGGAGGAGGGGGACAUCCUGAAUGUCGACGUGACCGUCCACCGCGGGGGUGUCCACGCGGAUUGCAGUGCCAUGUUCGCCAUCGGCCAGGUGGAUGACCUCGGUCGGGCCCUGUGCCAGGCGGCCCUCGAGGCCCGGGACGAGGGGAUCCGUGUGGCCGGCCCCGGCGUCCCGCUGUCCGAGAUGUGUCGUGCUGCAUGGUGCGCCAGCCGUCAAGGUGGCUGA